GUCGGGUAAACAAUGGCAAACACGACCGUUCGAUCGCGUAGCUACUUUAGCGCUUGCUCAUCCGCCUCGGCGACCUUGUCGACGACUCUCACUCAGAGGGUCUUGCUGCUUGUUCUCUUCACCACAAACCUCCUUAGCCGUUACCUCGUGAAGUCUAUUCAAGAUGGGUGGUGGCGAUCUGAACAUGAAGAAGUCCUGGCACCCGCUCCUGUUGAAGAACCAGGAACGGGUCUGGCUCGAGGAGAAGAAAGCGCUCGAGGAGAAGAAGAAGCUCGACCAGCUCCGCAAGGAGAAGGAGGAGGAGCGUCAGCUGCAGGAAUUGCAGCGCUUGCAAGAAGAGCAGACGGGGAACAAGAGGCAGGAGAAGCUGGAGUGGAUGUACUCCACUCCAGCCACGGGAAGUAAUCAGAAUGCAAAUGACCUGGAGGAUUACUUGCUAGGCAAGAAGCGGGUGGACAAGAUUUUGACGGCGGGCGAGAAUGAGAAGGUUGGGGCUGCUCACAAGAAUUUCAUCGCCACCCAGUACGCGAACACAGUCCGCGACACCGCUGCCAAGAUUCGCGAGGAUCCGCUACUUGCCAUCAAGCAGCAGGAACAGGCUGCGUAUCAGGCUCUCAUGUCGAACCCGCUUCGCCUGCGCGAGAUGCAGGAGCGUGCGGGCAUCAAGCCUAAGAAGGACAAGAAAGACAAGAAGGACAAGAAGGAGAAGAAGCAUAAGAAGGACAAGCACAGGGAGCGUUCCGCGUCACUGCAUGACGACUAUCGCCGUUCGGAUUCGAGGGAUCGCUACGCUCGCUCGAGGAAGUCGCCUAGUCCUCAUGAUCGCCGCAGCCGCUCUCCGCCGCCUCCCCGGUCCCGCUACGACGACGAAGACUACUACUCUCGGAGGCGAGGCAGGAGCCCCAGUCCCGAUCAUCGUCGCAGAGAUCACGGUCCAAGCUACGAUAGGGAGCGGGACCGCCGGCGUCAAGACGAUGGGGUCCGUACAUGGCCGAAGUCUGACGAGUCCGAUGAGGGCCAUGACAAACGACGAAGUUCCAAUGGUGACGAUAAGAAGAGGCGACGGAGCCGCAGCAGGAGUCCCCCGCGCUACGAUCCUCCUCCAAAGCGCUCCCGUAUGAGUCCUCCUCCUCCACGCGCGCCCCAGUCGUCAUUUAGUGCCGCGGAUGACCGUGCAGCUCGUCUAGCUGCCAUGUCCGCAGACGCAUCGCAUCUCACUGUGGAGCGGCGGGAACGUCUUACCCAGCUCCUCGAGAAGGAGAGGGCGGACGCUGAGGCCGAGGAACGCGCCAGGGCCAAGUCGAAGGGUAUGGGCGAUUUCCUCAGCCAUGAGCAGAAGAAGGUUUUCGGUGGAGUAGGUGGCCUCGAGGAACGCAUCCGCCGAGGAAGAGGGCAGCUACGCGUCGAUGCAGAUUGAUCCUACGACUUCCUACUUGUAUCUGCUUCCUUUCCGCUAUCUUCCCAUUUGUGCCAUGACGGACGGUGCUCCUUGUGUUGUGCUGUUCUGAUGGAUAUGUUGUCUAUCUUGCGCCUUCGCGGCGUGUCUCCCGGCGUUUUUUCCUGACCUGAUGUACAACACUGGGCACGUCGUUCAUCCAGUUAGGCUGGUGUGCAAUUGAGAACUUGACGUGUAUUGGCUUUC